GAGAUGAUGAGGACGUUGGCGGUGGUGUGCACGCCUAAGGAGGGUGAAACUACCAGGAAAUUGGCCUGUUGACGCUCCUAUUUGUCUCAGGAAUACACCUUGUACCCUCCGCUCCGCUCGAAUGCUUGCAAGUGUCUGGCAUGUCUGUCGCCAUGCCUGCGAAGACAGGAAAGCGGUCUCUUGAGGACCAAGUCUUCAGCUCAAAGCCUGUCUACCGGCAGCGGCAUUUCAGACAUCGCGUCAGAGCAGUUCAAGCUGUCAUGCCUAGAGAGGAAUCCCCAAGACCAAGGAAGAGGCGGAGGAUCCAGACAACAAUGACCCAGCUUGAACUCGGCAGACGCAGCUUCCUGGACGUCAUUGGAGACAGCGACGGCGACGAGGAGUCUGCGGAUGAGAGGGAUGCGACUAGAAAGCCGGCACGAGCAACGCGCAAGUCUAGACUGCCUGCUAAGACGGAAAGUCAAGACACGCUUACGCAGUUCGUCAAACGCUCUUCAGAUCAUAGAGGAACGGUAAUACGUGAUUCGGAGGAUGAGGACGAGGAAGCGACACUAUCGGAUGAUGAAGGGCCCAAUCCAGACGAAGCGGGUGUGAAACAGCCACUGCCAGCUCCAAAGCACGCUCUCCAGCCUUCUGAGCACGCUAUGCAGCACAAGUGUCGAAAAAAAAACUUGGAGCAAGCCGGCCGAGAAUACGACGGGGAAGGGCAAAGCUCUCCCGAAAUGCAUACCGUACAGCCAGCCUCAACUUCUCGUGCUGGACGCCGCGAAUUCACAACACCAAAAAAAAUCCGAGUACUGCCUGUGCCUUCUUCGAGGUCACCGCCCGACACGCAUCUCUCAACCCAAGUCACUCCACGCCUUGUUGAGCUGCCGGAGCCGAGAUCACCUCUAGAAGAGAAGUCAGUGAACAUCCAAUCCUCGCAUUGGACAUCUGGAGACGCCAAAACACCCAAUCGUUUGACGCAAAAUCCUCGGUCUAAUCCAGAAAGGAUCCGUGAAUCUCCAUCCAAGCGCCGGGUUCGAGAUUUCAACGCUCGUCUUGCCUUGUUCGAGAAGGAGAACGCCCGGUCAGGAAUGCAGAGACAAAGUAAUCGAUCUAGUGUUUUGCGCUCAAGCACACGCUCAUCGAUUGAUAUGCAAGCUGCACCACUACGUGCUGCCAAUUGCGAAAGCCAGUAUCCAAUGCCAGGUAUUGAAACUCAAGAUGCUUUGUUUCAGCUACCGGCAGUGGAUGGUGCCUCUCACCUGAGUGGGGCAAUUCCGUGCAGUGGUGGCCAAGGGCAGGUGCAUCUCGACGAUCAGAUGGGGCUUUCAACAGAAAGACAUUCUCACUCCGAGGGAGAAGAGGGACAAAUCUUGAUUCCAUCCUCACAGACUCAGAAGCCAUCAAAAAUAAACGAUACCAAUGAGCUCGACGACGCCGAUUUGCGUAAAACUAGCAGCCCGUGCCUCAAACAAGAAUCGCUACCAGGAAGCACGUACACUUCCAAGACUGCUUUGGAGUUUUCUCUGAGAGAUACGCAAGAUCUAGCAUCCGAUCAACUCAUGAGAGAAACGCAACAAAUGUUCUUUGAGCGAGUGCCCUCAAGUCCGCCUUUUAUGACGCCGUCGGCACGUGCCAGGUCGAAUGGGUCCAUCUCUGCAUCUCCAAGUCGCUCUCAUCAAGUCCGUCCCUCGCAAGCAACGACAGUUGACGAGACAAUGACGUCUUCGUCAUUACGUGGUCAGCAUGGCAGCGUAUUCUCAGUGCAGCCGAAAUUCACCUCUCAGACGAACGUUGUUUACAGUUCGCCAUUGAAUACGCCACGACGACCGCAAACUAUCAAUGUCACUGCUAAAUCCAAGUCGAGAUUUCCUAAUGUACAAAAUGGCCUGGCAGAUUUAUCCUCCUCUCCGCGAUUGCCUGAACCAAAGACCCCGAGCAUCCUUCGCAACCUUAAAGCGCCAUUGCGACUGAACGAUCUAGUAUCCGACAGCUUAGAGCACAGUUAUCCAAUGCCUCCUUCGUGGCGUUAUGACGAGGAUCAGGACGAGGAUGAGGAUGACGAAUUGUAGCAGGUGCUCCAGCGGCACCAUAAAAAUAGCAGCUCAUUAGAAAUUCAUACGUUUUCAUCCA